UGAUCAUCAUAACUGAUUAAGCUUGAAAACCUCUUUCAAACUCUCUCUUCAAAUAAUCUCCAUUUUUUUUUCUCUCUCUCUCUCUCCUCUUCCUCUCUCUCUCUACAUCCGCCAUGGGAGGAGACGAUGAAAUCUGCAACAUCAGGCUCGGCCUAGGAUUGGGUUUUGGCGAAGAAUAUGUUCCAAAGAAGAAGAUUAAUAAUCAUAACCCAAAAUUCUUCUCUGACCUCUCUUUCACUCUCAUUCCAAAGGAGGAAGCGAUUAACGUGGAGAUUGAAGCUUCUUCAAGCGAUCAUGAUCAUUUGAAGAGAAUUAGAAGCAAUAAUAAUCAAGAUCAAAUUAGAGAUUCCAGCUCCAUUGUAAUCAAUGGAUCAUCAGAGAGGAAAAAACUCAGGCUUUCCAAAGAACAGUCAAAUUUGCUCGAAGAAAGCUUCAAACUUCACACGACCUUGAAUCCGGCUCAGAAGCAGGCACUUGCCCAACAAUUAAACCUCAAAACACGACAAGUGGAAGUUUGGUUUCAAAACCGACGAGCAAGGACGAAACUGAAACAAACGGAAGUAGAUUGCGAGUUUCUGAAGAAAUGCUGCGAAAGGUUGAACGAAGAGAAUCGAAGGUUGAAAAAAGAGGUUCAAGAAUUAAGAUCCUUAAAAAUUGGAGCUUCUCAGUUGUAUAUUCAGCUGCCCAAGGCGGCGACGCUCACAAUUUGCCCUUCUUGCAACAAGCUUACGAGGAACGCCGCCGCCACCGCCGCCGCGCCUCUGCCACAAUAA